GCUGGUUGUGCUGGUGGAGAGGCACAGGCGGCUGAGCCAGUGCUGCCCUGUGAGCUCCCUCCCCGCAGGAGCCUCUGCAGGACCCCCGACUUGUGCAGCCCUGCAGCCUGCUACAUGCUUCCCAGGCUGGAGAACACCAACACACCUUCAGUGUUGGUGUCAUUUGAAGAUGUGGCUGUGGACUUUACCCAGGAAGAAUGGCAGACAAUGGACAAUACUCAGAGGACCCUGUACAGGGAGGUGAUGCUUGAGACCUAUUACAAUCUGCUGUCCUUGGGGUACUGCAUGACAAAGCCUGAUGUGAUCUUCAAGCUGGAGCAAGAAUCAGCACCAUGGACAGUGGAGAACUCUGUCAAGCAGAGACUUCCAGAUCCCCAUGGAAAGAAUGAGCUGCUUGGAGCUAUUCAGAAAGACCAAGAAAUAAUUUUCAGGAAGCCUGAUGAAAUGCCAUUUGAAAAGAAGCAUGCCUCUAAUCUCCCUGAGAACAACCUCGAGAGUGAGGAAAAUCUCAGUCAGUUUGACAACAUUGACAUUUGUCAGCAGUCCUUUGAACACAAUGGAAAUGAGAAAACUUUCAGUGGGAAGAAGAUAGUCCUUAUGUGUGAGCAAGUUUAUCCCAAAGACCCAUGCAAUCAGCAACCUGUCAGUGUGGGAGAAGCAAUUCAUGUUGGCUACUAUAAAUCUUGCCUUACCACCAAGCAGAGAACUGACACAGGAGAAUAUUUGUAUGUGUCCAAUAAUUGUAUAGAAAACAUGGACCAGAUGUCAGAACUCAUUAGAGAUCAGAUCCUUCGAAGUGCAGAGAAUCCGUAUGAAUGCAAUGAGCACAGAAAAGCCUUUCACCAACAAUUAUCGCUAAUUGGGCCACAGAGACUCAACACAAGGAAAAAAUUGUGCGAAUGUAGAGAGUGUGGAAAAGAGUUUCCUUGCAAGUCAAACCUAAUCAUACAUGAGAGGGUCCACACAGGGGAGAAACCUUAUGAAUGCAGGGAGUGUGGAAAAGGUUUUUCUCGUAAUUCAAACAAGUUGCAAACUGGGGCAAAAACUUAUGAAUGUAUUGAAUGUGGGAAAUGCUUUUCUUAUAAGCAACACCUCAUUGCACAUCAGAGAAUGCACAGUGGGGAAAAACCUUAUGAAUGUAGUGAGUGCAGAAAAGCAUUUUCUGAUAAGUCAAGUAUUAGAUUACAUCAGAGAAUCCACACUGGGGAAAAACCUUAUGAAUGUAGUGAGUGUGGAAAAGCUUUUAUUCGUAAGUCAAACCUCAUUGCACAUCAGAGAAUCCACACUGCGGAAAAACCUUAUGAAUGUAGUGAGUGUGGAAAAGCUUUUACCAACAAGUUAGGUUUGGUUCAUCAUCAUAGAAUCCACACAGGUGAAAAACCUUAUGACUGUAAUGAGUGUGGAAAAGCUUUUACUCGUAAGUCACACCUCAUUAGACAUCAGAGAAUCCACACAGGUGAAAAACCUUAUGACUGUAAUGAGUGUGGAAAAGCUUUUAUUCGUAAGUCACACCUCAUUAAACAUCAGAGAAUCCACACUGGGGAAAAACCUUAUGAAUGUAGAGAGUGUGGAAAAGCCUUUCCUUGUAAAUCACACCUCAUUAGACAUCACAAGGUCCACACUGGGGAAAAACCUUAUGAAUGUAGUGAGUGUGGAAAACCAUUUUCUGCUAAGUCAAGUCUUAGAUUACAUCAGAGAAUCCACACUGGGGAAAAACCUUAUGAAUGUAGUGAGUGUGGAAAAGCUUUUUCUCGGAACUCCCACAUGACCAUACAUCAGAGAAUCCACACUGGGGAAAAUCCUUAUGAAUGUAGUGAGUGUGGAAAAGCUUUUAUUCGUAAGACACAGCUCAUUACUCAUCAGAGAAUUCACACUGGGGAAAAACCUUAUGAAUGUAGUGAGUGUGGAAAAACUUUUAUUCAUGAGUCACUCCUCAUUAGCCACCAGACAAUCCACACUGGGGAAAAACCUUAUGAAUGUAGUGAGUGUGGAAAAACUUUUAUUCGUAAGUCAAACCUCAUUACUCAUCAGAGAAUACACACAAGGGAAAAACCUUAUGAAUGUAGCGAGUGUAGAAAAGCUUUUAUUUGUAAUUCACAGCUCAUUACUCAUCAGAGAAUCCACACUGGGGAAAAACCUUAUGAAUGUAGUGAGUGUGGAAAAUCUUUUCUUCAUAAGUCAAGCAUGAUCAUACAUCAGAGAAUCCACACUGGGGAAAAACCUUUUGAAUGCAGGGAGUGUGGAAAAGCUUUUGUUCAUAAGUCAAGCAUUAGAUCACAUCAAAGAAUACACACAGGUGAAAAACCUUUUGAAUGUAGUGAAUGUGGAAAAGCUUUUAAUCAGAAGUCAAACCUCACUACUCAUCAGAGAACUCACACUGGAGAGAAACAGUAUAAAUGUAGUGAGUGUGGAAAAGCUUUUCUUCAUAAGUCAAGCAUGAUCAUACAUCAGAAAAUCCACACUGGGGAAAAACCUCAUGAAUGUAGUGAGUGUGGAAAAGCUUUUAUUCGUAAGCCACACCUCAUUAGACAUCAGAGAAACCACACUGGGGAAAAACCUUAUGAAUGUAGUGAGUGUGGAAAAGCUUUUAUUUGUAAGUCAGACCUCAUUACUCAUCAGAGAACUCACACUGGAGAGAAACAGUAUAAAUGUAGUGAGUGUGGAAAAGCUUUUCUUCAUAAGUCAAGCAUGAUCAUACAUCAGAAAAUCCACACUGGGGAAAAACCUCAUGAAUGUAGUGAGUGUGGAAAAGCUUUUAUUCGUAAGCCACACCUCAUUAGACAUCAGAGAAACCACACUGGGGAAAAACCUUAUGAAUGUAGUGAGUGUGGAAAAGCUUUUAUUUGUAAGUCAGACCUCAUUACUCAUCAGAGAAUUCACACAGGGGAAAAACCUUUUGAAUGUAUUGCGUGUGGAAAAGGCUUUUCUAAUGUGGCACAACUCAUCAGGCAUCAGAGAGUCCACACAGGAGAGAAACAUUAUGAAUAUUGUGUGUAUCUUCAAGCCUUUACUUACCAGACAGGUUUCAUUCGACGUCAGAGUAUCCAUACAGGAUAA